AUGUCCCAGCCAGAGGCGGCCCCGCUGGCGGCCAACGGCUCAGGGUCCGGGGAGGUGGCCGGAGUUCAGCCACGCUGGGCCUCCCUGCUCAUCAUCUUGGUCAUCAUCCCCACCAUCGGGGGCAACAUCCUGGUCAUCCUGGCCGUGUCGCUGGAGAGGAAGCUGCAGAACGCCACCAACUACUUCCUGAUGUCCCUGGCGGUGGCCGACCUGCUGGUGGGACUCCUGGUGAUGCCCAUCGCCCUCAUCACCGUGCUCUACAGUAAGUCACCCCAACAUGGCUGCCCUCUUGCCGUGCCAUCAGAAAGGACCCCUUCACCUGGUACAUUCAACCACUUGUAACUCAAGACACCACUGAUACGAGGCUUGGGUGGUAUACCAUACACUGGGGUAUUCUGAAAUCCCCACGGUAUGAUUUUCAAUACCAAAAUGUUCAAUUUGUUUAUUUAAAAUAAAUACCUGCAGUCAACUUGUGCACUAGGUUAACAGAUAAAGCAGAUGGCAUUCUUCAUUUCGCCUGUUGCAUUAUUUUUUUCAUUAUGAAGCCAUUCAACAUAAAACAUACCAUGUGACUGGCUCAAAGAGCACAUGCACGGAGCAACUGGAAACUUUCGUGACGAUCCUACUAAUGUUUGCCAGCUAAAUAUCUUAUAACUAUAAGUUUAACUAUCUUUAGUCGAUUGCCUCGACGUCAACAUACAUUUGAAUGAUUAUUUUUGGCCCCAACACAGCAGCAUAAUUGCUGAUUCAAGCACAGAGGCUGGCCUCGUACUUGUGCUUAGCUUGGCUUGGCUCCCAUCAAUCAGGUUUAAAUCGCACUUGGUGACCCCAGUCCCCGCUAUUAUAACAAGCCGCUGUCAGUUGAGACCAGAGAAACACCUGAGCACACUGUUUCACAAAAUGUGCAUUGCAAAGCAGAAAUCCACCACAGUAGUCCAAUUUGUAAGUCGCUCUGGAUAACAGCGUCUGCUAAAUGACGUAAAUGUAAAUGUAGGUAGCCAAAACAUUUAAAUUGGAUCUAGUAGACUCAUUCGAUGACGACAAGAAUUGCCGCCUUAUUUUGUUAACUGAACAACCGUAAGCAUGCAUAUUGACAAUAAUUGAAAAACAGCAGUUAAAAAAAAAAAAAAAAACACCAUGAGAGAUCCUGCUGAAUCUCCGCCAGCUACAGUAUAAACAGUUUAUAGCAGAUGGCAAAAACACAAGAGAGUGGACAAUAAACAAGGUACUUCCCUUUGGCUGUGUAAUCACAGAAGAGGCACAGCCCCAUCAGGUACCAAUGAUCAUGACGACCCAAUUUCUGCAUGACUUUCCAAUCACAAACCAAUCUCUCCCUCAGCUCGCACACUCAUUCACUUAGGUCACGAGGGGAAAAUAAAAAAUAUAUACAAGAGCGAACUGGAAAAACAUUUGCAUUCGAUUCCACUAAGUGGCAUAGCUUUACAAAUGCAGCUGUGCUUCAAAGUGCAGAAUUAAACACCCCCUCUCUAGCAGAGUCUGCUUUUUCCUGACGCAGAAUUUUUUUAGCUGAGCCACUACUCCUCAUUAACUCUGUUGGAGUAAACGGUCCUGUGACACACAUACACACAACCUCGCCUGUGCUUGGCAGGGAAAGGAGGGGAUAAUCUUAAUGGAUGUCCAUCGGGCCUAGACGGAGGGAAAGGAGGGGAUCAUCAAAGUCAAGGCCAUGUGAUCACAUAAAUAACAGCCAGAGGCUUCUGAAGAGCAGUAGCCCAUGUUCAGAGGGAGGGGGGCUGUGUGUGUGUGCACAUGUACAUUCGCACAGAGCUCCAUGUCUGAAUGUGUGAAUGGACGCACGGUACGUUUGUGCAGGGGCAGCUGUCAUUUCUCUACUGGCUGGAGACUGAGCACACAGCCGGGGGGGGGGGACAUAAACAGAGUUCAGUGCUUCACGUUGAGCCUUUACAGCCACUCGGCAGGGUGGGCCAGUUACGGCCCGUGUACAACCAGGCCGGCGGCGCUAAGAACAGGCAAACCGCGAGAGAGGGGAUCAGUGCUAACAUCCAAAUACCACCUGAAAUUUCCCAGAGGACGGCGACAUGUCAUUGCUAAUACACCACUACCAUUAAACCCUAGACUCUACAUUCCAAAUAAACCACAACAACUAUAUUUGCUUAAAAUAAACGUAGAGAAAGCAAUAGCAAUUCCGUUUUUGACCGUUUAUCCACUUUCUUCUGCGUCUGCCCGGAUAAAUCUCUCCUCUCCAUCCCAAACCCUGGCUGCGGGAGACAUUUCAGACUAACCGCGAGUAGUUAUUGCCUCAAAACUACUGAUGUGCAGUUCGAACGUUUUCGUUCUUUUUGAACAACUCUUUUACUGACCGAAGAGUUGUAAUUACUUUUUUCAGAGUGACUUGUUCAUUUUUUGUGGAAUGUUUGACCUGUUAGCCACAAGAACUGAUAAUUGAUUAAUUAUUGAACGCUAUCGUAGUCCCCUGUAGCUCAGUUGGUAGAGCAUGGCGCUUGCAACGCCAGGGUUGUGGGUUCGUUUCACACGGGGGGCCAGUAUGAAAAUGUAUGUAAGUCGCUCUGGAUAAGAGCGUCUGCUAAAUGACUAAAAUGUAAAAAUGACAGCAGGGAUUUUUCUACCAUUGUAAUCCUUGGGCGGGUCGCCUAAGCGUUUUUUCGGGUCACCUAAAUACAAACAGUGUAAAAAAAUAAAUAAAAAACACACACACACAGUUAGGGAAUUAAGUAUUUGAUCCCCUGCUGAUUUUGUACGUUUGCCCACUGACAAAGACAUGAUCAGUAUAUAAUUUUAAUGAUAGGUUUAUUUGAACAGUGAGAGACAGAAUAACAACAAAAAAAUCCAGAAAAACGCAUGACAAAAAUGUUAUAAAUUGAUUUGCAUUUUAAUGAGGGAAAUAAGUAUUUGACCCCUCUGCAAAACAUGACUUAGUACUUGGUGGCAAAACCCUUGUUGGCAAUCACAGAGGUCAGACGUUUCUUGUAGUUGGCCACCAGGUUUGCACACAUCUCAGGAGGGAUUUUGUCCCACUCCUCUUUGCAGAUCUUCUCCAAGUCAUUAAGGUUUCGAGCCUGACGUUUGGCAACUCGAACCUUCAGCUCCCUCCACAGAUUUUCUAUGGGAUUAAGGUCUGGAGACUGGCUAGGCCACUCCAGGACCUUAAUGUGCUUCUUCUUGAGCCACUCCUUUGUUGCCUUGGCCGUGUGUUUUGGGUCAUUGUCAUGCUGGAAUACCCAUCCACAACCCAUUUUCAAUGCCCUGGCUGAGGGAAGGAGGUUCUCACCCAAGAUUUGAUGCGGUGAAGUUGUCCUGUCCCCUUAGCAGAAAAACACCCCCAAAGCAUAAUGUUUCCACCUCCAUGUUUGACGGUGGGGAUGGUGUUCUUGGGGUCAUAGGCAGCAUUCCUCCUCCUCCAAACACGGCGAGUUGAGUUGAUGCCAAAGAGCUCGAUUUUGGUCUCAUCUGACCACAACACUUUCACCCAGUUCUCAUCUGAAUCAUUCAGAUGUUCAUUGGCAAACUUCAGACGGGCCUGUAUAUCUGCUUUCUUGAGCAGGGGGACCUUGCGGGCGCUGCAGGAUUUCAGUCCUUCACGGCGUAGUGUGUUACCAAUUGUUUUCUUGGUGACUAUGGUCCCAGCUGCCUUGAGAUCAUUGACAAGAUCCUCCCGUGUAGUUCUGGGCUGAUUCCUCACCGUUCUCAUGAUCAUUGCAACUCCACGAGGUGAGAUCUUGCAUGGAGCCCCAGGCCGAGGGAGAUUGACAGUUCUUUUGUGUUUCUUCUAUUUGCGAAUAAUCGCACCAACUUGUUGUCACCUUCUCACCAAGCUGCUUGGCGAUGGUCUUGUAGCCCAAUCCAGCCUUGUGUAGGUCUACAAUCUUGUCCCUGACAUCCUUGGAGAGCUCUUUGGUCUUGGCCAUGGUGGAGAGUUUGGAAUCUGAUUGAUUGAUUGCUUCUGUGGACAGGUGUCUUUUAUACAGGUAACAAACUGAGAUUAGGAGCACUCCCUUUAAGAGUGUGCUCCUAAUCUCAGCUCGUUACCUGUACAAAAGACACCUGGGAGACAGAAAUCUUUCUGAUUGAGAGGGGGUCAUAUACUUAUUUCCCUCAUUAAAAUGCAAAUCAAUUUAUAACAUUUUUGACAUGCGUUUUUCUGGAUUUUUUGUUGUUGUUAUUCUGUCUCUCACUGUUCAAAUAAACCUACCAUUAAAAAUUAUAGACUGAUCAUGUCUGUCAGUGGGCACACGUACAAAAUCAGCAGGGGAUCAAAUACUUUUUCCCCCUCACGUGUCAAACUCAUUCCACGGAGGGCCGAGUGUCUGCGGGUUCUCUCCACCCUUGUACUUAAUUGUUGAAUUAAGGUCACCAAUUAGUAAGGAACUCCCCUCACCUGGUUUUCUAGGUCUUAAAGGAAAAACCAAAAACCUUCAUAAUGAGUGAGACACCCCUGAUCAAUAUCAUACAGAAAGAUCAUAAAACAAUUUUUGAUAACCAGAUCAGCUUUGACCAGAUUUAGGAUGCGUUUACAGACGCACUCAAAGAGAAUAACAAAAUAAUUCCCAUAUAAAGUAAGAAGGCCCCUCAGAACUGUGUGCUCGUCUUGUAUAAUCAGAGUUUGACAGACGUCAACGGCUCAGGUCAAAUCGUUUACACCCCGGUAUUUGCUGGAACGGGGACAUUUUCUAAAGUAAGCAACAAUAAUGAUUAUCAUAAUGACAAUAAUACUACUCAGACACAGCAAGACAGCAUUUUCAGCUUUGUUUUUAUUUGAGUCCAAACUGGCCUUUCCCCCACUUUGGAAUGGUGACCUCACCCUAGAGGUUGGUAGCUCUGUUUUCAAAGAAUUCUCUCUCUCUCUCCAUCUCCCUCUCUCUGCAUCUCUCUCACUCUCAAAGCUGGUCCACUGCAAUGACUUCACAAGUUUGUCUUAGAAAUGUGGCCUUGGAUGGACACCUCUGUAGCCUUGGCAACACUUAUACAUCAGAAACGUUACCAGCAGACAGAUUUUUUUUUAAAUCUGGUCUAAGCACACUAUCAUCCCAUGUAUAAUUAGUUGAGUAUGAGCUUAUUCCCAUAGGAAAAAAAUAGAAAAUCUCUGCCCAUGUUAAGUAGACAGAUGACAGCAAUUACAAAAGGGCCCACAAAAAUAUACUCUUAAGAAGUAACCUACCUAUCAAAGUUUAUUUAAAUAUCCCACUGAAAAUAUUUCGGGAAAUGAAAAAAGGAGAAAAGGGCAAGUGGUGCGUGGAGCUGAACAAAGCCCCUGAAAUGGUGCUCAGUAGACGUGGCGCUGAACAAAGCCCCUGAAAUGGUGCUCAGUAGACGUGGCGCUGAACAAAGCCCCUGAAAUGGUGCUCAGUAGACGUGGCGCUGAACAAAGCCCCUGAAAUGGUGCUCAGUAGACGUGGCGCUGAACAAAGCCUCUGAAAUGGUGCUCAGUAGACGUGGCGCUGAACAAAGCCCCUGAAAAUGGUGCUCAGUAGACGUGGCGCUGAACAAAGCCCCUGAAAAUGGUGCUCAGUAGACGUGGCGCUGAACAAAGCCCCUGAAAUGGUGCUCAGUAGACGUGGCGCUGAACAAAGCCCCUGAAAUGGUGCUCAGUAGACGUGGCGCUGAACAAAGCCCCUGAAAUGGUGCUCAGUAGACGUGGCGCUGAACAAAGCCCCUGAAAUGGUGCUCAGUAGACGUGGCGCUGAACAAAGCCCCUGAAAUGGUGCUCAGUAGACGUGGCGCUGAACAAAGCCCCUGAAAUGGUGCUCAGUAGACGUGGCGCUGAACAAAGCCCCUGAAAUGGUGCUCAGUAGACGUGGCGCUGAACAAAGCCCCUGAAAUGGUGCUCAGUAGACGUGGCGCUGAACAAAGCCCCCUAAAAUGGUGCUCAGUAGACGUGGCGCUGAACAAAGCCCCUGAAAUGGUGCUCAGUAGACGUGGCGCUGAACAAAUCCCCUGAAAUGGUGCUCAGUAGACGUGGCGCUGAACAAAGCCCCUGAAAUGGUGCUCAGUAGACGUGGAGCUGAACAAAGCCCCUGAAAUGGUGCUCAGUAGACGUGGAGCUGAACAAAGCCCAUGAAAUGGUGCUCAGUAGACGUGGCGCUGAACAAAGCCCCUGAAAUGGUGCUCAGUAGACGUGGCGCUGAACAAAGCCCAUGAAAUGGUGCGCAGUUGACCCCAAUAAAACAUGUAGAAGGGAGAACACUAAAAUAUUGUGCUUAGAUAACAAUGUGUUCAAAAGCCCAUUUAUUAUAUUAUAUUACAAGUAAUACUUGUAUAUAAAAACAAACAUAUCCACUAAUGUUUGAAUUAUGAAAUACAAGCCAUCAGCAAAACAAGUUAACAAGAAAAUCAAUCAAGAACCUUUCCAACAGCACAUUUUACAAUGCUAAUGUGAAAUGGGACACAAUCCAGCCCAAUUAUGCGCCAAUUUCACGCCUGGGACCCAAAAUAAACAAACACGUCUGGUGAGAAGGGGUCUGAACACAUCUACAUCAAGAACAUAGCGCAUUCAGCUCCAUACAUAGUCCUAAGAAGCAUUUCUCUGCAGUAAAUUAAUUAUUUACUAAAAUAGCCAAUUCCCUACAUCAGAGCUGGUUUUAAUCAUUAGCUAUUGAAGUGAAUCUCCCCAAUGCUGGUGGCAUCACUGGUGUAUCCACAACACAAGCUCUAUAUAGAAUGUCCCAUUAGUCCCAUUUUCAAAACGGGCUACUUCCUCCUCAGGAAUUAAAAACAUAAAACACCUGCAUCACUAAAGUAAGAGAACUGGCAUGACUGAAUGUCGAACAUCUUCACACUUCCCAGAUUUCCACUUUUAUUUGGGCAUCUUUGACAAAUUUCUAUUUGCCUCCUACACAUACAAGCCCACGCAGAGUCCUUGAAAUUAUAAAACGCAACAUGCAACAAUUUCAACAAUUUUACUGAGUUACAAUUCAUAUGAGAAAAUAUCUGUCAAUUGAAAUAAAUGAAUUAGGCCCUAAUCUAUGGAUUUCACAUGACUGGGCAGGGGCGCAGCCAUGGGUGGGCCUGGGAGGGCAUAGGCCCACCCACUGGGGGAGCCAGGCCCAGUCAAUCAGAAUGAGUUUUCCCCACAAAAGGGCUUUAUUACAGACAGAAAUACUCCCGUUUCAUCAGUUGCCCAGGUGGCUGGUCUCAGACAAUCCCGCAGGUGAAGAAGCCGGAUGUGGAGGUCCUAGGCUGGCGUGGUUACACGUGGUCUGUGGUUGUGAGGCCGGUUGGACAUACUGCCAAAUUCUCUAAAACGACGCUGGAGGCGGCUCAUGGUAGAGAAAUGAACAUUAAAUUCUCUGGCAACAGCUCUGAUGGACAUUCUUGCAGUCAGCAUGCCAAUUGCGCGCUCCCUCAAAACUUGAGACAUCUGUGGCAUUGUGUUGUGACAAAACUGCACAUUUUAGUGGCCUUUUAUUGUCCCCAGCACAAGGUGCACCUGUGUAAUGAUCAUGCUGUUUAAUCAGCUUCUUGAUAUGCCAAACCUGUCAGGUGGAUGGAUUAUCUUGGCAAAGGAGAAAAUGCUCACUAACAGGGAUGUAAACAAAUUUGUGCACAAAAUUGAGAGAAAUAGCAUUUUUGUGCAUACGGAACAUUUCUGGGAUCUUUUAUUUCAUCUUAUGAAACAUGGGAUCAACACUUUUAUAUUUUUGUUCAGUGUAGAUAGCCAUUCAAGUAACUUAUUACUAUCCUGUUUAUAAUGACUUAGUCACUGAAAUCCAAAUUCAAUUAGGCUUAUCUCAGGGUGAAAACAUUAAAAAGAUUUAGCACCACAGUAAUCAAGUUUGAGAAUUUGUCUAGAAAGGCAUAGUUUUAAUCUUAAAAUGGUUCCGUAUUGGCCUAUGAGAGCAGCUAACAAUCCCAUGCUUUCCAUCGUCUGUCUGUUUCUCAGAUUCCGGGUGGCCUCUUCCAGAGUUUCUCUGCCCAAUCUGGCUCUUCCUGGACGUCCUGUUCUCCACAGCGUCCAUCAUGCACCUGUGUGCCAUCUCACUGGACCGCUACAUCGCCAUCAAGAAGCCCAUUCAGCACAGCCAGUAUAAGUCCAGGGCCAAAGCCAUGGCCAAGAUAGCGGUGGUGUGGCUCAUAUCUAUUGGUAAGCUGCUCUGUGUUUUUGGUCCUGUGUUGAUAUCAGGAGCAUUCCGCAAUGUCUCCAAAGUGUUCAUUUGAACAACUUUCUUUAAGCUAUGUCAUUGCAGUUCAAUUCCUUAGCGUCUGUGAUGUGACGUGCCUGGUUUAUGGUCAGAAAAGAAAGCCGGAUGCAAUAAAAGCAAAAGCUAUAUAAAACGUUUACAUACAGUACCUCCCUUAAAACUAUACCCGCCACUAUAACACUUCGUAAAGAGUAACAGCGCAUCAGAGUGGUAGCAGUCAAGGGGACCUGUGGGAAAACCCAGUUAAUGAGCCAGAGAGAUUUACACAAAAAUAGCAUAAAAUUAAAAAGUGAGGUUAAAUGAUUGAGAGUAUGACCCCAGGAAGGUAAUUAUUUCACAUCACUGCCCUUGUAAAAAGCGUAGUGACACAACACAAGGAUUACAAUUGCAAAAUAUGCAGCCUAUCUCUGAGCAGUGCAGCGGCUUUAAAAAUGUUGCUGCAACACUAUGGAUCACAUAUUUUUAUUCCAGAAACGUUUUUCAGCCAAAAUAACAUUCAAGACGGCAGGUAGCUUAGUGGUUAAGAGCGUUGUGCCAGUAACCGAAAGGUCGCUGGUUCUAAUCCCCGAGCCGACUAGGUGAAAAAUCUGUCGAUGUGCCCUUGAGCAAGGCACUUAACCCUAAUUGUGCCUGUAAGUCGCUCUGGAUAAGAGCGUCUGCUAAAUGACUAAAAUGUAAAAGUAAGACAAACCAAGCAUUCAAACUACAACCAUAUUUCAGGACUCCUGGACCAGUAACCAUUUUACUCUUCACAAUAAACAUCAAUGUGCACUGCAGAACAGAUAGGAAUCCGCAAUUUUACAAAACUGAAUAGAAAAGCAACCCUAAAGAGCCUCUGGUAUUUUCAGUAAAAUUAGGCUACGAGACAAAAGGACAUUUGGACUGAAGAGAGGAUGAGGGCCAUGGGAUAAAGACUGAAGAGAGGAUGAGGGCCAUGGGAUAAAGACUGAAGAGAGGAUGAGGGCCAUGGGAUAAAGACUGAAGAGAGGAUGAGGGCCAGGGGAUAAAGACUGAAGAGAGGAUGAGGGCCAGGGGAUAAAGACUGAAGAGAGGAUGAGGGCCAGGGGAUAAAGACUGAAGAGAGGAUGAGGGCCAGGGGAUAAAGACUGAAGAGAGGAUGAGGGCCAGGGGAUAAAGACUGAAGAGAGGAUGAGGGCCAGGGGAUAAAGACUGAAGAGAGGAUGAGGGCCAGGGGAUAAAGACUGAAGAGAGGAUGAGGGCCAGGGGAUAAAGACUGAAGAGAGGAUGAGGGCCAUGGGAUAAAGACUGAAGAGAGGAUGAGGGCCAUGGGAUAAAGACUGAAGAGAGGAUGAGGGCCAGGGGAUAAAGACUGAAGAGAGGAUGAGGGCCAGGGGAUAAAGACUGAAGAGAGGAUGAGGGCCAGGGGAUAAAGACUGAAGAGAGGAUGAGGGCCAGGGGAUAAAGACUGAAGAGAGGAUGAGGGCCAGGGGAUAAAGACUGAAGAGAGGAUGAGGGCCAGGGGAUAAAGACUGAAGAGAGGAUGAGGGCCAUGGGAUAAAGACUGAAGAGAGGAUGAGGGCCAUGGGAUAAAGACUGAAGAGAGGAUGAGGGCCAUGGGAUAAAGACUGAAGAGAGGAUGAGGGCCAGGGGAUAAAGACUGAAGAGAGGAUGAGGGCCAGGGGAUAAAGACUGAAGAGAGGAUGAGGGCCAGGGGAUAAAGACUGAAGAGAGGAUGAGGGCCAGGGGAUAAAGACUGAAGAGAGGAUGAGGGCCAUGGGAUAAAGACUGAAGAGAGGAUGAGGGCCAGGGGAUAAAGACUGAAGAGAGGAUGAGGGCCAGGGGAUAAAGACUGAAGAGAGGAUGAGGGCCAGGGGAUAAAGACUGAAGAGAGGAUGAGGGCCAUGGGAUAAAGACUGAAGAGAGGAUGAGGGCCAUGGGAUAAAGACUGAAGAGAGGAUGAGGGCCAGGGGAUAAAGCUAAGGCCCUCAUCUUAGACCAUAAACGAGGUGGAGAUGGGGCAGCUGAACCACUGGAAUCCUCUUCACACAGAGCAUGUUUCAUACGAGGGAAUGUCAGACUCAAACCGGUUCCCCAUAUUUGGCCCAAUGUUAAGCCUAUACCCAAAUGGGUUAUUUGACACAGUCCAACAAGACAGUUUGAGACAUAAACAUCGUUUUAUUUUCCUGAUCGAAUGUCUUCUUAUUAUUUCAGCGUCCACUGCCCGAGUCUGUAUUGUUGAUGACUGGCCAGUGAACCCUUGGUAAAUAAGCACACUGGUUUGCUUUUAAUGAUAUGUUAUCCGUUAUAUAUUAGCUUCCCGGUAUGAAAGGAAAUUAAACACCCCUAUGCUCGUUAACAAUCGUUAGCCAUGACUUGUUCCUCUGGCUGAAGCAUUUGGGAGACUGGUGUGAGGACUUGGCAGAGUUCAGCCUGGUAUUAAUCAAGUUUAAAGCUUUAUUAGUCGCAUAUACAGGACACACAUGGUAUACACCGUCCAACGAAAUGCAGACUUGCAGGUUAAUGGUAUUCAUAGAGCGUUCAGACUCCUCCACAACAGGACGCUCCCAGUUUUCACUCAGGACUAGGUUCUACACAUUUACUUUAUUUUCCUGAGCAAAACCAGAUGAUUGCUUAAGAGUUACGCGAGCAGCACUUAGACGCCACGACAGUAGAAGAGUCUCUUCGUCCAGGGUGUAGUGUUCACUGUCACUGUAUUAUAGCUGGCAAUAUAUGGUUCGUUUAUUAGAUUUUUAAGCAAAGAAUGAGAACUUCCAGAAGUCACAGAACGAAGUUGUUCUUCCUUACCCUUUGCGCUACCUCCGCUGUCCUCAGUCGUGAAAGCUUGAAGCUUUAAAACAGUUUUAUACUCUGGCAACAUCAAAAGGAAAAGCAGAUGUGAAGAUUUCAUGUCCAACAAUAAAAUGCAAAAACAAAGCAGCAUAAAGUGACCACUGUGGGAAACUAGGCUGUGAGAAGAUCCUGUAUCUACUCCCAAAACAACCAAGUAUUAGUCUUUCCAUCUAACACUGUAGACAGCCAAGUUUGGAUUGAUGAUUUGACUGACCAAACCUCUCUCUCUCUCUCUCUCACACAGGUAUCGCAAUUCCCAUUCCCAUCAAGGGGCUGAGAAACUACCAUCUUCCAAACAAUGUCACCUUUAACAGCAACCACACCUGCCUCCUGAAACCAGACAGCUUCAGAGAAUUUAUCAUGUUUGGCUCCAUGACAGCUUUUUUCAUCCCUUUAACUAUCAUGAUGAUCAUCUACCUGCUCACCAUCCAGGUGCUGCGCAAGAAAGCCUUUCUGCUCAGGUCAAAGGUGACCCAACGCUUCACUCGCCCAACCGUGUCCUCAGUCUUCCAGAGGGAGCAGUCCGUGGCCUCUCCCACAACUGAGAAACCGCCGGGAAAAUCCAUUGCUCCCGCCAACCCCAUCACGGGUGACGAGAUCCCCAUCCGCCGCAUGUCCACCAUGGGCAAGAAGUCCAUGCAGAACCUGACCAAUGAGCAGCGAGCCUCCAAGGUGCUGGGGAUCGUCUUCCUUCUGUUCGUGGUCAUGUGGUGCCCGUUUUUCAUCACCAACGUCACCUCUGUGCUUUGCGCCAGCUGCGACGUCAACGUGAUCGGCCGUCUGAUGGAGAUCUUCGUGUGGGUGGGCUACGUGUCAUCGGGUAUCAACCCGCUGGUCUACACCCUCUUCAACAAGACCUUCCGCCAGGCCUUCACACGCUACAUCACCUGCAACUACAGCAGCACCACUACUAACAGGCCAGCCAGGCAAACUAGGGAACAGCAUGGCUGCAGGAAUCUGACACGGAUCUCCUUCCAUUCAUCUGUGGCGGAGAACUCUAAGCUGUUCAUGAAGCGGGGGAUGAACGGCAUCGGGACGGUGAGCUAUCAGAGCCCGCUGAGGCGACGGCAAGCACACAUGCAGUCCUCCGCUAGCGUUGUACUGGACACCCUGCUCCUUACAGAGAAUGAGGAUUGCAAACCCGAAGAGCAUGUCAGUUAUGUGUAG